GAAAAAGAAUUAUGGCCAGAAGAUAUCUUGAGACUGGGGGUGGGAGACCCAAGAACAACCUAACAGAGGAAAACUACAUUGCGCAUGAGUCUUCGAAUAUUUACGAAGCUGAUACCCAUUGGACAUCAUGGCUGGUUCCUAUGUGGUGGUUGCUAAUAUUGUUGUUUUUUGUUAUUUCCGUGGACCUCAACAAUUGUCUCAAAAAUAACUUCGGUCCCCAAUGUGGCUGCGUGGCUAAGUUCCUUAGAGGAUUCUCUUUUGAACCUAUGCAGGAGAACUCAUUGCUAUCAUUGACUGAGAUGGGAGCCCUUGGGUGGGACAGUGCUAGGAACAGGCAUCAAGGAUGGAGACUAGACACUUGCAUUUGGUUAUACGCUGGAAUUAUUCAUUUGCUUGCUAUCAUGUUGAGUCUCGUAUUCAUUGGAAUUCGUCUGGAACAACAAUUUGGGUCUAGGAGGAUUGGAGUUAUAUACUGGUGACUAUCCAGGAUUAAUAUAC